UACGCAAAAAUUUCUUCAUAACUGUUUGCUGGGGAAUCGCAUUAGGGAGUCGGAGGAGAACCACCUCCGGCGUUAGAAUGGCGGGGAACGUCGUCGUGGUUUUUGACUUUGAUCGGACGAUAAUCGACAAUGACAGUGACAGAUGGGUCGUGACAGAAAUGGGUCUCACGCAGAUUUUCAAUGAGCUUCGCUCGACCCUGCCUUGGACCUCUCUCAUGGAUACGAUGGUGAAAGAGCUCCACGCACGAGGGAUUAGCACGAAGGACAUUGCAGAGUGCCUGAAAAAGGUCUUAUUGCAUCCAAGCAUUAUUGCAGCUAUAAAAGCAGCCCAUGCUUUUGGAUGUGAUUUGUGGAUAAUUAGCGAUGCAAAUAUGUUUUUCAUUGAGACGAUAUUGGAACAUCAUGGUAUAUUAGGGUGCUUUUCCCAAGUCAAUACAAACCCAACUUAUGUGGAUGAAGAGGGACGUCUUCAUAUCAGUCCAUUCCAUAAUUCAAGCAUGGCCCCGCAUAAUUGCCAUCUCUGCCCUUCAAAUAUGUGCAAGGGUUUAGUGAUUGACAAAAUCCGAGGUUCUUUACCUGAGAAAAAGAGGAGAUUGAUCUACGUUGGAGAUGGAGGAGGCGAUUAUUGCCCAACAUUGAGACUGGAGGGAGGUGAUUUUGUGAUGCCAAGGAAGAACUAUCCUCUCUGGAAUCGGAUUUUCAGUAAUAGAGAACAAGUUAACGCACAAGUUCAUGAGUGGAGCAGUGGGGAGGAGUUAGAGGGCAUCCUAUUGAACCUUAUCAAGAAAUUAGCAGUAGACGAUGCUGUCAGCCAUUCUUGUUCGGUGCACUCAUCUGAGUGCGUUGAGAAUGCUCAGUUCCUGAGUGAAGAUGCAUUCUCUCCGACUCUUCAUGUGCCCCUCCAGCAACUUUAAAGAUUCAUUCUUGUUAGUUGAAGGCUGUUUACGCUUCUAACAGGAUAUACUAGUCACUUCUGGAUUGGAAAAGUGCAUGCAUUGCUAUUCUUGGGGGUGGCUUGUUCUGUAGCAAUACAAUGAAAAUGAAUUCAAGCAUUUCGUUGGGCAGUCAUUGUUUUAUGAUUGGAAUAGACCUCUGCAUGAGGGGCCGACGCAAGGGAUACCUACUUCCACGAGGCCUUCCUAGGCCAGCAUUUUUCUUUAAUUUCUUCCCAGGCUAAUCACGUUGUAGAAAAAUGCAGAUGCGAAGGACAUGAAUGCUUGACAUGUAUGAUGCAUGAAAUUUGAAAGUGAGGUGCUGCACAGCCAUCCAUUGGCGCCUUUGCUAUUUACUUGAAGACGGUUUUCUUGUACUACUUCCUCCUGUGCUUAAUAUAAAAGUUAGUUGACUAA